AGGAAAGCUACACUACCUUUCAAAAGUUACUGUUAAUUUAGUCAGUUACAAACGUAUCAAAAGUUAGUUAAAUAAAGUGACAAAAGUUAAAAUGUUUACGCACACUGUAGACUGCUGAUGUACCUGAGAGAGAAAAUAGAUUUCUCAGUAAAUUAUCUAAUUUUCAGACGUAAGGGAAAAAAAAAUAUUUUACAGCUUGUUUUGGAGAGCAUCACCGUUAUAUAUAAGGACAGUAGAAUAAAAAAAAUAUGGAAUUAAUAUUUAUAAAUGAGCAAUUUAUAAAUGUAGUUAGCAUUGGCUAACAAAAUGUUUCAAAUAGGCUAUUAUCAUUGAUUUAAAUAUUAUUUUUAUUUUUAAUUUUAAGCUAAAACUUGUUUCAAGACAUUACAAACCAAACAUUAUUUAAAUUGUAAUAACAUUUCAGAAUACAGUUUUUACAGUGUUUUAGUGGAAUUUGUGCAGCCUUGAUUUAUUUAUUUUUUUUUAAAUAAUUUUUAUUAGCAAUUUUAAAAAAAAAUCUUACUCACUUGAGCUUUUAAACAGUAAUGUACGUUGACCUCUAAAUAAAAAUGCAUCUACUUUUUUACCAGUUAGUGCAGCGUUUAAGUUCAGGGUUGCCCAGAUGUCCAAAAUUGUUUUCAAAAUGUCCUAAAAUUUGUGAGAAGUUAAUAAUAUAAUAAUAACCUGAUAUAAGCAGAAUUCCAGUGACCGAAGUCCCCAGCAGGUCGGAGUGUAAAGUAUACUGCCAUCUUUAAAGGGAGAUGGCCUUUUUACGUAUUCCUUUGGAUAAUGUUUUUAAAAAGCUGUUCCUCUGACCUUAAUCCUGUUUUUUAAAGAGUACAAUAGUUGGGAGGCUCGAGCCUGAGAUGAUAUAAACUUUUUUUCGGUUACGGUCGUUCGGAAGCAUUUAUCUCAAUUUAACAGCUUACUGACUUCAAACCCAAAAACUGCCACUAGUGUAGGAGUCCUUUGAGGAUUACUGAAAAAUGUGUCACCCUCACAUUUUCACUCCAUUUCACAGAGAGACAGAAGAUGCACGUAGUACGAUCCUUCCGGCCUCCUUGAACGUCUGGAGUGACUCAGAGGAGAACGCUGGCCUCCCACUCGCAUCUCAUUCAGGUCAUGACAGACCAGCCAUGAAGAAGAAUCCCACUCAAAGUCCCAAGGUCGCAUCCGCAUGCUUUGACCAUGGACGCCGUCAACUGCUCAUCCGUGGAUCUCUCUGAUGUUCUAGCGAGCAAGAUGAGUCCCAGUAAGAUCCUCCUCUCCCUGACUCUCUCCUUCUUAGCUGUGGCAACCACCGCCAUCAACUCCCUGGUCAUCACUGCUAUCCUGAUCACCCGCAAACUCCACCAACCGGCCAACUACCUCAUCUGCUCUCUGGCGGUGACUGACCUCCUAGUGGCCGUUCUGGUGAUGCCCGUCAGCAUUGUGUACAUAGCAGAAGAGACGUGGGUUCUCGGGCCGAUCGUGUGUCACCUUUGGUUGGGUGUCGACGUUACGUGCUGCACCUGCUCAAUUUUACACCUAGCCGCCAUCGCGCUCGAUCGAUACCGCGCCAUUACCGAUGCCGUGGCCUAUUCCCAGAAACGCACUUACAAAAGAGCAAUCGUAACCAUUUUGGCACUGUGGAUACUGUCUGUGCUGGUGUCUCUACCACCUUUAGUGUGGAGGAAAUUCCCUGUGGAACACAAAGAUGGGGAGAGGGAAGUCAUGGACUGCUUGAUUGAGCACGACCAUGUGGCUUUCACCGUCUACUCCACUUUCGGAGCUUUCUAUAUUCCACUGACCCUCAUUUUGGUUCUUUACUACAAGAUCUACAAGGCGGCGGAGACGCUGCGUAACCGUCGAGGGAGCAGUAGAUUGGUCAAACAGACAGUGAGGAGCGUCAUGCUUCCCGGAAUGAGCUCCGAUAAAGACAUCGCCCUCAGUCACGAAACAUUCUGCCCAGUCGAGAAGUCAUUUUCCGAUCCGUCGACAGAUGGAGAAAGGGUGCGCAUUACUUCUUCAUCGGGUAAUCUCAUCAAGGUCCGCAGGAACCCAGGGGCCAGGGAGAGACGGGCCGCUUUUACGUUAGGACUAAUCCUGGGAGCCUUCGUGGUUUGUUGGUUGCCGUUCUUCCUGAAGGAGGUGAUUGUGAAUAUUUGCCCGAACUGCAGCACUUCCGCUGUGCUCGCAGAUUUCCUCACCUGGCUCGGGUACCUCAAUUCCCUCAUCAAUCCGCUAAUAUACACCAUCUUUAAUGAGGACUUUAAGAAGGCAUUUAAAAGACUUCUGCCCCUCUGCUGCAGUAAUAUCCUGUGAAACCGACUGGGAGGGAAGGAAAAAUAUGAGGGUUUUAAGGCACAGAACUUGCAAAUACAAUGACAAUCCUGUCAUAAUGUAAAUCACUGGACUUCUGCAAGAAUGACACAUCUUUCAGAGACAUUUCAUCAGUAUUUUGUUUAUAUAGUGCUUCGGGACAUGAGUGCAUGUAAAAAAAUGAAAAAAAAAAAAAAAACAGUCCAAUUGAAGAUUUAAGUAUUUUUGAAACUGAGGAUUUUAUAUUAAACUAAAAAUAUCUGGUGCACAGAUAUUAAGUAAAUCGACUCCACCAAGGGGGCAAAGUUUGGCUGGUUAGCAUGGUCCAGUUGCCCCUGCUGAUAUAUUGUAACUACAUCUGGAUCCCAAAAUUAUUUUUCUUCAUUAACAGCCAUUCCUAUGUUGCUGUGUAUACUGACAAAAUAAAUAUUUUGAAACAUA